AUGAAAAAUAAUCAGCUCUAUAUAUUAUUAUUUGGUACAACAUUAACAGCAAGUAUUUUAUUUAUUUUAAAUUCUAUUAGACAAAAAAAGAAACGAAAACAAGAUGAAGAACAAAAAAAUGAAUAUUUAAAAUGUAAAUCAUUAAAUGAAUUUGAAGAAUUAGCUAAAAAAUUAAUGAAAUCUCAUCGUUUUUAUUAUUAUGAUUAUAAAGCUGGCGAAGGACAUACAUAUAAAGCAUGUCGAGAUUAUUUUGAUAAAAAAUUAAGAAUUUUACCAAGAGUAUUAAUUGAUGUUAAUGAAAUAUCAUUAAAAACAAAUAUUUUCGGAUGUUUAUAUGAAUCACCUAUAAUAAUAGCUCCAACAACAUUUCAUUGUCUUGCAAAUAUUGAUGGUGAAAUUGGUACAGCUCGUGGUGCAACAGAAGCUCAAUGUAUUUAUACUUAUAAUUGGAUGUAUUCUACAAAACCAGAAGAUGAAGUUUUAAAAACAGAUGGUCCAAAAUUUUUACAUAUUUAUUUAACAACACCGAAAGAAAUUUUAGAAAAAAUAGUUCAAGAAGCUGAAAUAAAAGGAUAUCGAGCAAUUGUUAUAACAUGUGAUCAUCCAACUGAUCGAGUUCGUGAUAAUGUAUUACCAUUAUUUGAAGAGGCAUCAAAAACUAUUGAUAAAGAAUUAAAUCAAAGUAUGCCAAUGCCAAAUAUGAAUUUACCUGAUAUAAUUGUUAAACAAAAUUUAAGUACGGGUUCAAUAACAUGGGCAAAUAUUGAAUGGUUAAGAAAAUUAACAAAAUUACCAUUAAUUUGUAAAGGAAUUUUAUCACCUAUUGAUGCUAAUUUAGCAAUUCAACAUGGAGCAAAUGGAAUUAUUGUUAGUAAUCAUGGUGGUAGACAGGUUGAUACGGCACCACCUGCUAUUGAAUGUUUAGAAGAUAUUGUUAAUGUUGUUGAUGGACGUGUAGAAGUAUUUAUUGAUACUGGUAUUCGAAGUGGAACGGAUAUAUUAAAAGCAUUGGCAUUAGGUGCACGAGCUAUUCUUAUUGGUCGACCAAUUUUAUAUGGAUUAGCUUGUGGUGGACACAAUGGUGUAAAACAAGUAUUAGAUAUAUUAAAACGUGAAUUAAUCUAUGAUAUGGCAUGUUGUGGAUUAAGUUCAAUCGAUGAAAUCAAUAAAAAUAUUCUUUAUAAACACUCAUAG